AUGGCAGGCUUCAACUCGACUGCAGUCACUAAGCCGUUUAACAUUUCUGUUUUGACUAGCAAUGGAACUGACCAGAUCAACACACUCUUUGCUCCGCCGUGGGUUAGUACUCCCAACGUGCGAGGGACAUCGGAAAUUUUGCAAAGCUGCGUCUUGACCCUCGUCGCGUGUAUUUACACGGCUCUGCACCUCGAUGUUCCCAAGAAAAAGACAUGGCAACACUUAUUUUGGCAAAAGACAAAAUGGGUCGCCAUCACACUCUUUGCACCUGAGUUGGCAGUCUUCGUUGCCGCAACACAACUUCGUUACGCUCGGAUCCUCAAAUCAGAGCUUCAAAAGAUAAGGAAAAAACAGCAGGAGUCGCCCGGCCGGAAACCUGAUGCAGACUUCGAGAUCAACCUCAAAUAUGCGUUCUUCAUCGUGAUGGGAGCUGUUCGCUUCGACGUCCAUGACAUCUUCUCGCUCGGAGAUCUAAGCACUCGUUACCGGGACUACUUCAAUAGGACUAGUCUAGACAGACGCUCUGUCAGAUCUGCCCCAGCAUCCAUAAUUUGGCUCGCUGAGCAUGGUCACUGGAUAAAAGUCCGGGAGCAAGAUAUUGAUGACAAGAGUAAAGCCGACCCGGUUCAGAAGGCUCUUGUACUGAUACAAGUUCUCUGGAUGGUCACGCAAUGUAUAGCGAGACGUAUCAGCAACCUGCCUCUGUCUCUGCUGGAAAUCCAUACGGUCAUCCAUGCUGCUUGUGCCGUUCUUCUCUAUGUUUGCUGGUUCAAGAAACCACUGGAUGUCCAGGAGGCAAUCAUAGCACCAACAGAGGGCUUCAAAUGCGAACUUGCAAGCAUGCUGCAGAAGCAUUUCUAUGCUGAUAUCUCGUGCAAUAUGGCGCUUUUCCCACCAAGGGAGAAUGAAGAACAACCUCCGCCAAUGGACUCAAACGGGUCGAAAAUGCGUUGGAUCGAACCUAGAUCAGGAGUGGUUAUGAGAGAGGGUGAUAUCUUAACAACAGGUCUUGCGCUAUCCGCGACAAAAGUGAAUAAAGAAUACGAAUCUUCCACUUACUACCUUUAUCCGCAAGCCAAACCUACAGGCAUCUCGAUCACACUGGAACCUGAACUCCUGAACCGCUGGAACGCCAUCUUAACUAAAUACCUUCACGAUGACCGAGGACGGCUGAUCGAGGAAAUUGUUAUGCAGCCUUUUUAUCGGAGCAAUGAGACGCAAGCUCGUGUUCCUGAACAGAAAGUCUUGUUCCUUCCAAUAACGAAUGAACUAGAGCCUACGGGUUGGGUUACCGACUGGCAGAGACUAUUUUGGGAGACCGAGUCAAUCCUCCACUUGCACAAAGAGGAUCCAUCAAGACCACGCUACGCAAAACAUCGAAAAGGAGUGUUUGACAAAAAGGACCUUACGGUCCGGGAUUGGAGGUUCCUAGUGCUUGUCAUUACCCUUUGUGGAGCCUGGGGAGGAAUCGAAGCGCGUGUUUUCAUUAUCGUUGAAGCAUUUAUAUGUUUGCGUCGGGAACCUGUUGGCGUUUUCUUGUCCCCCGAAUGGUUGCAGCUUUUCCCACACUUCUAG